CUCAGUCCACAGCACCGGAGCCGGAGCAUGCUCUCCGUCGGCGGCCGCCUCCACGGCGGAGCUCCCCCAUGGCGAAGGCCCCGCCACCGCUCCUGCCUCGCGUCUCCGCCGGCCUGCAGCAACAGCAGCGGCGGCGACCCCGAGAAGGCGAGACCCGUGCUCUCGGAGAGGUACCGGGACGGCGCCGCCAAGAGGUAUCUGUUGGACGGCGACUCGAAGCUGCAAGUCCACUGGGAGAAGCAUGACUCGUCGAUGAACACUGCUGAGGACGAAAAUGUGAAGUCUUCGAUUCCCCAGGCCAUCAGGGAUUUUGUGCUUCCAGCAGGGUUUCCAGAGUCUGUUUCGGACGACUACCUGCAGUACAUGCUACUGCAGUUCCCAACAAACGUGACAGGGUGGAUCUGUUACACACUGGUUACAUCAAGUCUUUUGAAGGCUGUAGGUGUUGGGUCCUUUACUGGAACUUCAGCAGCUGCCUCUGCCGCUGCUAUCAGAUGGGUAUCAAAAGAUGGCAUAGGAGCUUUUGGGCGUAUUCUCAUUGGUGGACGUUUCGGAACGCUUUUUGAUGACGACCCAAAGAAAUGGCGGAUGUAUGCAGACUUCAUUGGGAGUGCUGGAAGCAUCUUUGAUCUCACCACUCCCCUAUAUCCUGGUUACUUCCUCCCACUUGCAUCAUUGGGGAAUCUUGCAAAGGCUGUAGGAAGAGGAUUUAGAGAUCCUUCUAACCGUGUUAUCCAAAAUCACUUCUCGAAGUCUGGAAAUCUAGGGGAGAUCGCUGCAAAGGAGGAAGUAUGGGAAGUAGGUGCUCAGUUGUUAGGCCUUUCUAUCGGUGUACUUAUUCUGGACACACCAGGCAUACAGUCGUCAUACUCAACUCUUACUUUGACAUGGCUGGGCGUCCGCCUUCUACAUCUUUGGUUUCGCUAUCAGUCCCUAAUAGUUCUCAAGUUCCGCACAGUAAACCUAAAACGUGCUCGGAUUCUUGUGAGAUCACAUGUUGCGCAUCAUACAGUUCCUGGCUAUGUUGCUUGCAACGAGGGAGAGAAUAUUUUAACAUGGGAGAGAUUCUUGCGUCCCCAAAUAUCUUUUGGUGUGCCCAUGGAGAGGAUGCUUGGUGGAGAGGAUUCCACUAACAUGGUAAAUAGGCUAGUGAAGCUGUACAAGAAUGAGAAGUACAUCCUCUAUGUUGAGCAGCUUGGAUCAAAUGAGCCAGCAUUUCUGGUCACAUUCAAGGAGGCAGCAGCGAGCAUGUCGGUCCUAAGAAGCCUAUGGCAGGCACACUGGCUUCACGAACAUCAGCUAAAGCCAAACCACGAUGUUUUCGAUUGGCUAGAAGAGAGCCUCACUGCAUUGGGGGAUGAAUUUGAUGACUUCAUCGACCAAAUGGAGGGAGCUGGCUGGGAUCAAAGCCAGAUCUUUCUGAAGGUGCCAAAAGAACCUGUCCUUGUGCUGGAGCAUCUUGACCAAGAGGCAUAAGAAACAAAUUUUGGGGUUUGAUUGAUGCUAACCUAAUACAUUCAAACAGAACAACAAACUGAAAGUCCAAAUCCUUCGAUGACAGAGAUGUUUAGCGAGAUAACAAUCGUAUAGUGCGAGUUUUUUUUUUGUUGACAUGUGGCCUAAUGUUGUAAAAGAAUCAGAAAUUCACUGCUAGUGCAUUAGUUGGUUUUGCUAUAAGAUAUCCAACUCAUGUUCUGUCCCAGUGACAUAAUCUCAU